UUCCGUCACCCGGGACCCUCGCGCGCUUCUCCCUCCGGCGGGUCCCCCCUGUCGCCGCGCGAACCCGGGAUGCCCGGGGCAGCCGUGACCCCGAGGAUGGCCCCGGAGGAGGUGCGGGCCAGGGUAGAGGCCGCUCACGGCCUCACCGACCCGGCCCAAAAACUCUGCUUCUAUGACCGCUGGGCCCGGGACUACGAUCAGGACGUGGCCGCCCUGCAGUACCAAGCUCCACGCCUUGCAGUGGACUGUCUCAUAAACACUUGUCCAGGCCUGGACCUCCAAUCCCUGAUCCUGGAUGUGGCCUGUGGCACUGGCCUAGUGGCUUCUGAGCUUCAGGCCCGGGGCUUCCUCCAGCUGCAUGGGGUGGAUGGCAGCCCAGAGAUGCUCAAGCAGGCCCAAGCCCGUGGUCUCUACCAGAAGCUCAGCCUCUGCACCCUGGGCCAGGAGCCCCUACCCAGCCCUGAAGGGACCUUUGAUGUUGUUCUCAUAGUGGGCGCCCUCAGCCAUGGCCAAGUACCGUGCACCGUGAUACCUGAGCUCCUACGGGUCACCAAGCCAGCCCUGAUGUGGCUGCGUCUGCACAUGUCUGGACAGGCCUUGUCUUCCGGGAGCCCCAGAGGUCAUCACAUGCUGGCAUGUUCUGCUGGUCUGUGGGAAGAGAAGGAAGCUUUUGGCUCCAAAGGGCUAGAAAUUCCCACUGGGCCCAGCCCCAAGCAUGUGAUUGGCAGGCCUCUCAGCCAACCAGAGCCCUGGCCGCCUGCCCACAUGGGAUGGGUAAGCUGAGCCUGGGAGACACACAGGGUCUCUUGCCCAAGGUCCAGAGCCCACAGGCUUCUCUCCUGUGCAUUGAGACACAGCCCUGUCCUCCAGCAGAAUGCAAGAGCAGCAAGCCAACCACCCCCUCCAUAGGGACAAGAGGUCUAGAAUUCCCAGGGUAGCCAGGCCUGGCAGGAUGCUCCUGGAAUCCCAGUACCUUGGAAGCUGAGGCAGAGAACCAAGUGUUCAGGGCUAGCUUGGGCUAGAGAAAGGGAAAAAGAUUCUCAGUAUAUAGGACACUUGGGCUUUGAAGGGUGUGUAGGAGUUCAUCAAGCUGAAGAAAACAAAGGGAAUGUAUUUCUUGGGGAGGGACAGAGAGCUUGAAGGUGGAGUGAACACAGGAGUGGGAAAGGACAGCCCUUCCUGGCAGAGCUGGGCCUGGAACUGGAGCCCUGCA